AUGUCCGAUCCUGAAAGGUGUAUUCAACCUACAAUUCAGAGUUCCCAGAACCCUGCAGAAGGCAAAAAAAAAAAAAAAGCCUCGGAAUGUGAAAAAAAUGGAGAUGUCAAGAAGAGAAGGUCAAAUCAGGCAGAUGUCCCCGAUAAUCUUCGUCAAGAAGCAGAAGCAUGCUAUCGGCUUAGACUGCCUGAAGACUUCUAUCAGUUUUGGAAGUUUUGUGAGGAACUAGAUCCUGAGAAACCAAGUGAUGCACUUGUGUCAAGUGUUGGACUUACACUGGUUGGACCAUAUGAUAUUCUUGCUGGAAAACACAAAAAAGCAAAAUCAACAGAUGUGGACUUCAAUCUUCAUUGGAGAUUCUUCUAUGAUCCUCCAGAAUUCCAGACUAUACUUGUUGGCGAUAGCAAAACACAGUAUCACAUGGGAUACUUCAGGGAUGUGCCAGAUGAGCUCCCGGUGUGGGUUGGUGCAAAUGAAGCUAAGAAGGGCUGCGUGAUUUCACAAGUUGGUGAUAAUGUCUUUGCUGCAGUCAAAUUAUUUUUGUCAAAAAAACUUAAGGAAGUGACUGAUAAAAAGAAAAACGCUAUUUUGAAAGACAUAGAUGAAAAGCUAACAAGAACAGCAAAAGAACUGGGUUAUUCUCUGGAACAAAAAACCAUGAAGAUGAAACAGAGAGAUAAGAAAGUGGUGACCAAAGCAUUUCAUGGAGCAGGCCUAGUUGUUCCUGUAGACAAAAAUGAUGUUGGAUACAGAGAACUCCCUGAAACAAAUGCUAAUCUUAAAAAAAUCUGUAAGGCCAUUGUUGAUGCACCUACUGAUGAUGAGAGACUGAAGGCCUUUGCACCCAUUCAAGAAAUGCUCACCUUUGUUCAGUUUGCUAAUGAUGAAUGUGACUAUGGAAUGGGAUACGAACUGGGUAUGGACCUGUUUUGCUAUGGAUCACAUUACUUCCACAAGACGGUGGGCCAGCUGCUGCCUCUGGCUUACAGCCUGCUGAAGAGGGGCCUCUUCGCCGAGAUCAUCCAGUCGCACCUGGCCAGCCGGCGGGAGGAGGAGGUGGACCGGCUCGCGCCCUGAGGCGGCCGGCCGCGCGCUCCGGGCCCGGGCUUCGCUUUGUGUUGCCGCGUGCGCGC